GGAGCACAGCCUAUAUAACUUCUCCGAGAGGUCAGAAACUCAACGUCAGUUAUAAGCUCGCGCACAGUACUUUCGACAAACCCCUGUCCUUCGAUUACUCUAGCGGCAAAGUAAAUCGCUAGUCAAACAUAAAUUCUUCCUUCCUUCAGAUUCCCUCCUCAAGUUCUCGACGCACCUCUUCCUUCGUCUUUCUGAGAACAUCUUGUUGAUCGCCUCUGAUUUCUUUGAUUUUUUGAGUCGAGGUCCAUGAACAAUUUAAGUGGGAAAAAUGAGGAGGCCGAGUGGGAGGUGAGGCCAGGUGGCAUGCUCGUACAGAGAAGAGAAGAGAAUGGACAUGAUCACCAAAACCAUCAUCAUCGUCAUCAUCAUCAUGAAGCGGCUGCUAGUGGAUCCACGAUCAAAAUCAACGUCUCUCAUGGUCCUGCUCAGCAUGAGGUCUCUCUUCCUGCGAACUCCACUUUCGGGGAUGUGAAGAAAGUUAUUGCACAAAAAACUGGGUUGGAGCCCGGAGUGCAGAAAAUCUUGUUCCGGGGACAAGAGAAAGAAGACAAUGAGGAGUUGCAUACAGCUGGUGUGAAGGAUAAGUCAAAAGUCUUGCUCUUGAAGGACCCAGAAAGUAAAGAGAAGAAUGUUGAGCAUUCAGAGGAAAGUGAAGCAAGGUCAAAGGCUCUUGCUGCUGUCGCUGGAGUGAGGGAAGAGAUUGAUAAACUCUCUGAAAGGGUUGCUGCCCUGGAAGUGGCUGUCAAUAGUGGCACGAAGGUUGUGAAUGAGGAAUUUGAUAUGUCGGCAGAGUUGCUCAUGAGACAAUUGUUGAAACUGGAUAGCAUUGAAGCUGAAGGAGAAGCAAAAAUGCAGAGAAAGGCUGAGGUAUGUCGUGUUCAGAGUUUCCAUGACACCCUGGAUAAUCUAAAGGCCAGAAAUUCAAACCCAGUUAUCAACAGUAGCAAGACUGUGUCAUUGACUACCAAAUGGGAGACUUUUGAAUCUGGAAUGGGAAGCUUGGAGGCACCUCCCCCGGCAACAACUUCAACGAAGGUGACUCAGGAUUGGGAGCAGUUUGAUUAGACUAAUGUCUUGUGUAAUUCUGGUUGUAUGAUUGUUUGGUGCAUAAAAUAUAUACCAUUCACCAUACUGAAAAUCAUAUAUUCUUCUGAUAGCAGAAUGAUAUUUUGCUUAAACGGCGCUGCAUUUUGCGCCAAGGAUGUAGAAAUUAAUUUUUUAUUUAUUAGCGGCAUGGUUUAAAAUCCAAUUAAUGCUUGUCA